GAGCAGCAAAGCAUCUUGUUUGUACCAUUUUUCUCUCUUCCUUCAUCCGUUCAUCCGAUUAUCCUUCAGCUCACGUCAAGUCAUUUUUAUCUGGUGACUAUAAAACCAAGACACAGAAUCAAGCUCCUGCCACUAUUCGUCGCUCAGAAGAUAUAUCUUCUUUCAUGCAAUUUGUAACUGUUUUUGAGAAUAAAAUAAUUCAAGGCAAUACUGUUACUGUCGAGUCUCAUUUAUGUGCAUAAAAAGUCGCAAAUGCACAUAAGCUACGUCACUAAAAAAAAAUGAAAUUUAAGUGAUGGCACUUAAAUUCAAUUUAACAGUCCC